GCAAGGGGUAGAUUUGGAAGGCCGCGUAGAAAACCCUUCAUUGACGUCUACGUUUCAAUUUUUUGGAUCUCAAACCCGAAAAUAAAACCCCAACACUAUCCCUCGCAUUGCCAUCUUUCUCUUAAGUCGCGCCAGCCAUCGUGAACAACCAGACCCAGAGACAGAUCGCGACCUCGAUUUCUGUGUUUCCUGGAAGGAGGUAGCCAUGGCUGCUUCAGAAGAGAAUAGUGCUUUGUUCCCAAUUUUUGUCUUGACAAUAAUGGCGUUGCCAUUAGUGCCUUACACUAUUCUAAAGUUGUGCCGUGCUGCCUCAAAGAAAACAAAGACUAUUCACUGUCAGUGUUCUGAAUGCUCUCGUUCGGGGAAAUAUCGCAGGUCAAUAUUUAAGCGGAUUUCAAACUUUUCAACAUGUAGUAACUUGACAUUAGUAGUUCUUUGGGUUGUCAUGAUUGUCCUUGUAUAUUACAUUAAAAAUAUGAGCCGUGAGAUUCAAGUUUUUGAGCCAUUCAACAUUCUUGGAUUGGAGUCUGGAGCUUCUGAGUCAGAAAUAAAGAAGGCAUAUAGAAGACUCUCUGUACAAUACCAUCCAGAUAAAAAUCCAGAUCCAGAGGCGCAUACAUAUUUUGUGGAGUACAUAGUUAAGGCUUAUCAUGCUUUGACUGAUCCAGUAUCUCGAGAGAACUUUGAAAAAUAUGGCCAUCCAGAUGGCAGAAAGGGGUUUCAAAUGGGCAUAGCUCUUCCGGAGUUCCUGCUCAAGAUUGAUGGGGCAUCUGGUGGAAUACUUUUACUCUGGAUUGUUGGCGUUUGUAUUCUUUUACCAUUGGUGAUAGCUGUUAUCUAUCUUUCAAGGUCGGCAAAAUACACCGGCAAUUAUGUGAUGCAUCAAACACUGUCCACUUAUUAUUACUUCAUGAAGCCUUCUUUGGCUCCAAGCAAAGUUAUGGAUGUCUUCAAUAAGGCUGCUGAAUAUAUGGAAAUUCCAGUUCGUAGGACUGACAAUGAACCCCUUCAGAAGCUUUUCAUGCUAGUUAGGAGUGAGUUGAAUCUGGACCUUAAGAACAUUAAGCAAGAGCAGGCAAAGUUUUGGAAGCAGCAUCCUGCCAUUGUUAAGACAGAACUGUUGAUUCAAGCUCAGUUAACUCGGGAGUCUGCUUCUUUAUCUCCAUCUCUGCAAGGUGAUUUCAGACGUGUAUUAGAACUUGCACCUCGCCUCCUUGAAGAAUUAAUGAAGAUGGCAGUCCUACCGCGCACUGCGCAGGGGCAUGGGUGGCUAAGACCUGCUAUUGGGGUUGUGGAGCUCUCUCAGUGUAUCAUUCAGGCUGUUCCUCUCAGCACAAGGAAGACUACUGGAGGAUCCAGUGAAGGCAUUGCUCCUUUUCUGCAGCUGCCACAUUUUAGUGAGGCUGUUGUGAAAAAAAUAGCUAGAAAGAAGGUGAGAACGUUCCAGGAACUUCAGGAUAUGAGCCUGCCAGAUCGUGCUGAGCUGCUUGCUCAAACUGCUGGUUUCUCUUCUGCUGAAGUACAAGAUGUUGAAGUGGUGGUUGAUAUGAUGCCUUCUAUAACAAUUGAUGUUACCUGUGAGACUGAAGGUGAAGAGGGUAUACAAGAAGGUGAUAUUGUCACUGUUCACGCAUGGGUAUCACUUAAACGUGCUAAUGGCCUUAUCGGUGCUUUACCCCAUGCUCCCUAUUUCCCAUUUCACAAGGAAGAAAAUUACUGGUUUUUGCUUGCAGACACAGUGUCUAACAAUGUAUGGUUCUCCCAGAAGGUUAGUUUCAUGGAUGAAGCUGCAGCUAUUACUGCUGCUUCCAAGGCAAUUGAGGAGACAAUGGAGGGAUCAGGAGCAAAUGCGAAGGACACUGGUGUUGCUGUCAAAGAAGCUGUUAAGAAAGUCAAGGAUGGGGCUAGACUGGUUAUGGGCAAGUUCCAGGCCCCGUCGGAAGGGAAUUACAAUUUGACUUGUUACUGUUUGUGUGACUCGUGGAUUGGUUGUGAUAAAAAGACAACCUUAAAGCUAAAAAUUUUGAAACGAACCCGGGCUGGCACUCGUGGUGGUAUUGUGGCAGAAGAGGGACCUGUUACAGAGGAUGGUGUUGAAGAGGAAGAAGAGAAUGAAGAGGAGUAUGAUGACUACGAGAGUGAGUACAGUGAAGAUGAGGCAGAUCAGCAGGAUACAGAAAAGAAGGGUGCGGCUACAAAUGGCACCGUUCAUAAAAAAGGCUCGAGCUCAGAAAGUUCUGGCUCAGAUGAGGAGUGAAACACAGCUUAUUUUAUCAAUGAAACCAUAGACUUAUAAUAUUUUCAUAUUUGUUCUUUUGGUCACCACAGGGAUAGUGUGUGCCCACCUUUGAUUUACGACUUAGCUGUAAGUUUUGAUAGAGAGUAUAGACGUAAGGUCAAAAAUACAUUUCAGCCUGUAGACUAAUUAAUUUUUUCUCCUCUUUUUCUUUU